GGAGGGGGAGGAAUGGUGGGUGGAGCCCCAAAGAAUGCGGAGUCCAUACUGAGUUGCAUGGAAGUGUGAUGAAGAUACACAUCAUACAACAGACCACUACAACAUCUGCACAUCCAGUGUGGAACGUAUUGACAGUUCCACAAGCGAAGAAGCAGUACUUGUAGUGUGGUAUUACGGCAGGCAAAGAAGAAGUGCAAGUCACGCUUGCCAUAGUCCUGUUGAGAAUUUCAUCUUACCCACCAGUCAUGGAACAGAAAGCCCGUGCAUCACAAGGGAAAGGGAAAGGAAAGGGUAUCCACUGGCGGUUCCAUGAAAUCAAAGAUUUGCUUGAUCUCUGGGGAGAGAAAGAGGUGCAGGAUGCGCUGAGAGCGGUGCAUAAAAAUAUAGAUGUGUUUGAAGGAAUAGCAAAACAGAUGCGGGAAAGGGGCCACAGUCGAACUGCUGAGGAAUGCCGCUACAAAACAAAGACAAUGAGGCUCGAGUACAAGAGGGUACAGGCGCAUAACAAAUGCUCGGAAAAUGCUCCAAAAACAUGCUCAUUUUAUACUGAGCUAGAAAACAUUCUCAAAAGAGAUGCAAUCACCGACCCACCCAGGCUCUCAAGAAGUUAUCCAGUCCGAAGAGAGGAACUCCCUCUGGGCCAAGAUUUGGAUGCAACCACUUUGGAUGAGACAUGUUCCCGGGAGUCAAUACUGGAUACACAAGCUACUGGUCCUUCACUUUUUACAGUAGAAGAACUGGAAGACAAUGACGAAGAUUCCAAAUUACUUCUCCUCGAAGUUCCAGAAGGAGAGGUUUAUGAACCGGUGAGUGUCCACGCUCCCCCUGCCCUUCUGGGAUCUCCUCCAGUGACGCCCAUGACAACCAAAGCUGAAAGUGAGGGAGAACCAGAGACCCCAAACCAAAGCCAGCAGUCACCUGAACAAGAAAGAGAGUCCCCUCCAGCAAAGGCAGCACCAUCUCCUGGCACACAUUUACGGAACCUAAGGACCAGAAGACAAAGAGGAAGGCGGGGUGAAAAUAUUGCUUUAGCAAUCAUGCAGCACGCUGACGAGCAGGCCAAACUGCAGCGCGAAGCCAUGCGUGAGGACACCUCCAAGAACAGACAGAUACUCCUUAGCCUUUUUCAUUACCUAGAGGAGGAUACGAGAGCGUCCCAAGAGAGGUUCAAUGCAAUCGAGACAAUGAUACGUGAUGUUUUGGACCAAUCACGAGUGGAGAAGCAGUGUUGCACACAUUGUGCAAAUUGCUGUAACAAAAGUGGUCCACCACCCAAAAGACCUUUCCAUGGAGGAAUACCCCCACCCAGCCAGACUGACCUUGACAUGGCCAGUACUAGUGCAGAUUGCCAUGAGCAACCGCUUCCUGAGCAUUUCAGAGAAGUGAGCCAAGGAGAGAUUUCCCCGAGCAACAACCCUGUCACGGCAGACAUUACGGAACCAGCAUCUGCAUCUCUUCGGGUGGCUGAGGCACAGAAAAUGAUGGACACAGAGGGGACAAGGAAGGGUGAAAGGGAAAGGAAGACGACGACACCGUACUCCCCAUAAUCAUUUACAGUUUCUUCACUUGCAUUUAUUUUAUAUGUUCUGAUUGGUGACAGCUGCAGGCAGACAUAUGAAGAUCUAAACCUGAUAUUGUGUUCCUAUUGCUGCUGAUCUAGUCCUUAGUUCAGAGAAAAAACUAUCUGGUUGAAAAUCCUGGAGGUGGUUAAGGAUUGAUCACUGUGCUAGCGAAGUAUUAGCCGUGAUGUGACAUAUAUAUAAUAUUAUAAUG